AAUCCAUGGCGUGUGGAGCUACGGUAUUUUCCAAAUUGGAUCUGCGGUCCAGAUACUGGCAGAUACGGAUGGCGGACAACUCUAUCCACAAAACUGCUUUCCGAACUCGGUAUGGAUCGUACGAGUAUUGGGUGAUGCCGUUCGGACUCACCAACACUCCUGCAACGUUCCAAGCAGUGAUGAAUCAUAUUCUACGCCCACUCUUGGACGAAUGCGUGGUGGUGUACCUGGCCGACAUUCUCGUCUACUCGCGCGACAUGCAACAAUACGUCGAACACUUACGACGCGUCUUCGAGAUUCUUCGAAGAGAAUGCUUCUACGUCAAACUAUCCAAGAGCGACUUCGCCCUCGAGAAAGUCCAAUUUCUCGGACAUAUCGUAAGCACUCAAGGAGUUCAUGUCGACCCCAAGAAAAUCGAAGCCGUGCGUAUGUGGAAGACACCCGAGAACGUGAAGGAGUUACAGCAGUUCCUUGGCUUCGCUAACUACUACAACAGGUUCGUGCCGCAAUACGCGAAAAUUGCCGCGCCACUCACGAAUCUGCUGAAAAAGAACACACCCUACAAAUGGGAGCCGAAGCACCAGGAAGCCGUGGAGCAGCUGAAGCAAGCACUUACGUCCGCACCAGUACUCAUCUUGCCACAUCCCGAACGCGACUACGUCAUCGAAGCUGACGCCAGUGACCAAGCAGUGGGAGCAGUCUUGAUGCAAGACCAAGGGAAUGGACUGCAACCAAUCGCCUACCUCAGCAAGAAACUACACAGGGCAGAACUAAACUACCCGAUACACGACAAAGAGGCCCUUGCCAUCGUCAUCGCCUUCAAAGCGUGGAGAUGUUAUCUCGAAGGACGAAGAACAACCGUCUACACCGACCACUGCAGCCUGAAAUAUUUGAAGACACAACCCAACCUUUCCAGUCGGCAGGUCCGAUGGAUCGACUUCCUCGAGACACACUUCCACUACGACAUCGUGUACAAACCUGGCCAUAAAAACAAAGCAGAUGCGCUUAGCCGGCCUGCACACCAACAAGAUGCUCGCCAGGUCGCCAAACACUACUACUGGCCCCACAUGGCAGAUGACGUACAGAAAUUCGUCACCUCGUGCACUACAUGUCAGUGGAUGAAGAGCAGCAAACAGAAAAAGGCGGGACUACUACAGCCUCUUCCUGUCCCAGAACAGCCAUGGCAAGUGGUCAGCCUAGACUUCAUCACCGGCCUAUCAACUACCACAAGCGGUCAUAACGCGAUCCUUGUCGUCAUUGACAAGUUCUCCAAAAUGGGACACUUCAUCCCAACACACACGACAGCAUGCACCGAGGAGACGGCACAACUCUUUGUUUGCCACAUCAUCUCACAACAUGGCAUCCCAACCAUACUCAUCUCCGACCGAGACCCUAAGUUCACCAGCAAGUUCUGGAAGGAACUUAUGUCUCUACUCGGGACCACACUCGCCAUGUCAUCCGCCUACCAUCCGCAGACAGAUGGACAGACCGAGCGCCUCAACCAAAUUGUGGAGCAACUCCUCCGCGCAGCCUGCAAGGACAAAAUCUCAAAAUGGGACUUGCAUCUGCCCGUCCUGGAGUUUGCGUACAACAAUGCCACUCACGCCGCUACGGGUCAGACGCCGUUCUUCCUCUGCUACGGACGCCACCCACGCACACCACAGAAACCGACGCCAUCUGGAACAGUCCAACCAGCACACGACUUCAUCACAACCAUGCAUCAGCUUUGGGAUCGGACCCACAAGCGCCUCAUCGACAUCCAGCAGCAACAGAAGCGCCAGGCCGAUCGCCACCGCACAGACCACACCAUCACCGUGGGAGAUCGAGUUCUACUCGACACACACAAUCUUGACAUCAGCCAUCUCCCAUCCAAACUGCGACCUCGCUUCUGCGGGCCCUUUCUCGUUGAAGCGCAGGUUACUCCUGUUACCUUCCGCUUACGCCUGCCAGCUACCUGGAAGAUUCACAACGCCUUCCAUGUCCAACUCUUGAAGCCCUACUUAGAUCCCAACGCGAUCUUCUCUGGACGCCAACCGCCGCCGCCGCCGCCCGUCCUCGUCCAUGACGAACCCGAAUACGAGGUCGAGUCCGUGCUUGCUCAUCACCGUCGACAGAAUGGCACCAUGGAGCUUCUCAUUCGCUGGAAGGGUUAUGAUCCUUCUGAGGACAGCUGGGUACCUGAGUCCAACAUGGGUAACGCCCGUCGUCCUCUGCAUGACUACCUUCAGCAGCAGGAGCAGGAGCAGGAGCAGGAGCAGGAACAGGAGCAGGAGCAGGAGCAGGAGCAGGAGCAGGAGCAGGAGCAAGAGCAGGAGCAGGAUCAGGAGCAGGAGCAGGAGCAGCAGGAGGAGUAGAAAACGAAUCGGAUGCAGUA